AUGGCAGACAGUGAACCUUCAUACAUAGAUUACGAGGCCUUUUUGGACCCCGACUUCUCAUCGGCAUCAUUUUCCAAUUCCUUGGUCCUGGCAACCAACAAUGCUACAGACACACCGUUGGACCUUUCCACACCACUGUCACGGGUGCUUUUUGACCUCCAAGAGAUUGAUACUCACAUCCACAAUCUAACGAGCAAAUCAGCUAUCCCACUGCUUGUGCACACGCGGGAUCAAACCGCUGCUGCGGAGCGGAUUCUCAAGGAGACGGAGGAGCAGAUAUCCUCUGUGACCAAAGGCUAUGAACGCCUGGAGCAGGAAGUUUUACGAAAAUGGGAGGCUGCAGACGAAGCCAGAGUGGCUGCGGAAAAGUCGCUGGCAACCGUGCGAUUAGCGAGAGCGGUCGCGCGUUGUCUGGCUCUUGGCAGGCAGUUGGAGGGUCAGCUUUCUGAGGUGACUGGUCGGGGUGGCCCAGCAGUGACUGCGGGAGCACACGAUCGCUCCUCUGCCAGCCCUGGCAGAGAGGACUACCGAGCGCUGGAGCGAGCUGCAUCUACCAUUGUGAGUUUGCGACGGAUGUUCUCCGCUACCGCCGUGGGCGAGGAAGGCUACGACUUGGAACGUGUCAAGGUCAUCCGGACUUUGAGAGGUGACCUGGUGAUUCCGGCCGAGAAUAUGGUCAAGGCACGCGCACAACAGACUAUCAAUCGCUUCUCAAUGUCGUCCAUCGCGGCGGGCUCGCAUACUCAAACCGGAUAUCGUCAAGCCCGGGACGCGCGAGCUCGGCUUGUUUCUGCAGUUACCGUCUUGUACAUUCUGUCUCCAGUCCCUAAGACGUUGACUUCGCCAGCCAGUUUUCAACCAGAGCUUCUGCUUUCCGCUUUGCAAGGCUACAUGCACUCGACCAUUGUGGCGUCCGUCAACGCUCUUUCCCGAUCACUAUCCAUGCUUCCGAGCCUCGAGCGGACGCUGUCUGAACUCUCGGGACGAUGUCAGGAUAUCUUUGCACUAGAGGCGAUACUCAGCGGCCUUCGUCCGCCAACGCAUCCACUUUUACCUGCUUCGGCUCCUAGCACUGACGACAGCAAUGGUACAGCGGUUCGAGCGCAAGAAGUGACCUCCAAGAACAACCUUCUCCAGCCACUUCUAAACGCUUUAGAUACAACGUCUCUCCCUUCGUACUUUUGGCGGUCAUUAGCUUCAUCCUUGGCGCCGCGGGUCCAGGAGAUCGUCAGUCGCGGCGGUGUUUCAGCACGAACGCUUCGGUCGAACCGGGAUAGACUCAGGAAGGAUAUUAGAGAGUGCGUCCUGCGGGGCUCACAGCUCCCAGCCUCAACAUUGGUGACAGACAAGCGGACAGGAGCUGAGGCUGGGAACUGGGAGAGAGAAGCAGCGGUGAUGGUUGGGUCUGUUGUGGGUAUUUUGGAGAGGUAG